AUGUUUGCUGAAGCAGAGAGGUCUGAGUUUGCUCGUAGCAAUGAGUCGUCAGACCAACCGAUGAUCGUCCAGUGGAAUGGCCCAAACGACCCAGGAAACCCGUACAACUGGUCCCGCAAGAAGAAAUGGUUCGCCGUCGGUCUUGGUCUCUUCGCGACCUUCAUCUCAAUGAUGAACGGGACAAUCAUCACGACAGCACAUGAAGCCAUCGGCCAAGACUUCAAUGUUAGCGAUGAGAACUUUCCGCAUUCAUACUGGCCAGUUGCCUCGUGGGGACUGGGCGGUGCACUCUUUUCGCUGGUGUUGCUUCCGAUCAUGGAAGAUUUCGGCAUGAGACUUGUGUUUCUCGUGGUGUACACCGUCUUUCUGUGUUUUCUUAUUCCUGUCGGGGUAGCGCCUAACUACGCGACUUUGAUCAUCACUCGCUUCUUCAGCGGUGGAUGCUGUACUAUUCUCGCGAAUGCUGUAGCCGGCAUUAUUGGCAAUGUCUUCUCCACAGAUCGAGCUCGAACAAUUCCAACUGGGUUGUAUAUCAUGAUAUACCUGAACGCCAGCAGCCUUGGACCCGUUAUUGGUGCUGCUAUUUUUCAGUAUCUGCCCUGGCGAUGGAUUGGCUACAUCGAACUCAUCUGGACGGGCGUUUUCUUCCCGAUUUUCAUCCUGGCGAUGCCUGAGACGCGUGGAUCAGCGAUAUUGACUGCCAGAGCGAAGAAAUUGAGGAAGCAAGGCAAGAGCGCCUACAGCCAGAAGGAACUUGAGUCGAAGUCGAUUCUUCACGAUAUCUGGACGAGUAUUCAGCGACCAGUUUACAUGCUUUGCACUGAGUCGGUUGUGUUCAUCUCCACUGUCUGGACUGCCUUCAGCUUGGGAGUGAUUUACGUUUUCACCCAAUCUGUUGAGCAAGUCUUCACUGCUCUGUACGGAUGGAACGCCAUUGAAGCCGGCUACGUCCAAGCUGCCAUCGUCAUCGGAGAGAUUCUCGGCUUUGGUCUCUGUGUCUUGACAAACAAUUGGUACUACGCUUCUGCGUCUCGCAACAAAGAAGCCCCAGGUACACCCAUCCCCGAAGCUCGACUCUACGCUGCCGUCAUCGGAGGUUUCAUUGGCGUCACAGGCGGAAUGUUUGUCUACGCUUGGACGAGCUAUUCCUCAGUGCACUGGAUCGGGCCUGCGAUUGGGCUUAUGCUCGUUGGACUUGGCACCGAGGCUGUUGUUGUGAGCAUCGCGAACUAUCUAAUUGAUGCUUAUAGCAACUAUGCCGGGAGCGCUAUUGGAGCUACAGUGUUGGGCGAGAACUUGGGCGUUGCGUUUUUGCCGCUUGCUUCGAGCAGUAUGUAUACGAACUUGGGCUUUCACUGGGCUAGUUCGCUGUUGGGAUUCAUCUCGUUGGUGUUGGCGGCUGCGCCUAUUGGAGUGUUUAUCUGGGACGUGAAAGAACCUGUUCUUGACACUGAGCUUGGUGUACUCAACAGUACCCGAGCAGAUCCAUACCUCGUCGCUUUCAAUGAACUCGACAGCGAUAACCCCAAGAACUGGCCCGAAAAGCGAAAAUGGGCUGUGACAAACGUCCUGUCCAUCACAGGCUUCAACCGCAUCCUCGUGUCAACAGUAAUGGCACCCGCCCUCUCCGUCAUCGCCAAAGACCUCGACAUGACAGCGACUCAAUCCGUCAUGGCACUGAGCAUAUACCUUUUGGCAACUGCCUUUGGCCCUCUUGUCAUUGGUCCCCUGUCUGAGGUCUAUGGACGCAAGACAAUUCUUCACGUCUCCAAUAUUUGGUUCCUUGUAUGGAAUCUCGCGUGCGGGUUCGCUAACUCGAAAGAGAUGCUUAUCGGCACCCGGUUCCUCGCUGGUUUUGGCGCAAGUGCUGUUUAUGCUCUUGGAGGUGGUGUUCUAGGCGAUAUCUGGCGUCCUGACCAGCGUGGAAAGUCCCUUGGAUGGUAUUCUGUCAUUCCUCUCAUCGGCGCCGCAACCGGCCCCGUCAUUGGAGGCUUCAUGACUGAUCGGGUUUCUUGGCGAUGGAUGUUUUGGUCUACUUCCAUGUUCCAAGUCGCAAUGGCUACUAUCUCAUUCACCACGUUCCGCGAGACAUAUGCGCCCGCAAUUCUGAAGAAGCGGGCUAAGAAAUUGCGCAAGGAGACGGGCCAGCCGUAUUACACCUACACUGAGCGCACGCAAGAGGGACAUACUUUGAGAAAGGUCCUGACCCAAGCGAUGACCCGUCCUCUUCGUCUUCUCGCCUUCCAUCCCAUCAUCCAAGUCGCAGCUGUUAUCUCUGCUAUCGGCUAUGGUCUUUUAUACAUCGUCCUCUCAAGUUUCGCAGAGGUUUGGACCGCGCAAUAUGGGCAAUCUGUUGAGAUAAGUGGUCUACACUAUAUCUCUUGUGCACUGGGUGAACUUGCAGCAUCACAAGUCGGUGCUCCAUUGAUGGACUACUGGUUUCGCAGAACCGAGCGUCGCAAUGGUCAGCAUUUGCCAGAGAACAGAGUCCCCCUCAUGGCAAUGGGUGCAUUCAUCGCGCCUAUUGGCUUCAUCAUCUACGGCUGGUGCGCUGAGUUCAGAGUUCAUUGGGCAUGGGUCGAUGUAGCCAUGUUCAUUACCUGUUUCGGUAUGCAGAUCUCCGGUAUGCCGUUACAAGCGUACAUGAUCGAUGCUUAUCCGGAUCAUACGUCGAGCGCUAUCGCGGCGGAGCAGUUUCCUCGCAGCUUGGCUGCUUUCCUGUUUCCGCUUUUCACGCCAAAGAUGUAUGCAGCUCUUGGGUAUGGAUGGGGUAACAGUGCUAUGGCGUUUGCCGAGUUGGCGCUUGAGUUGGCUGCGCCGUUGUUGUUGUGGAAGGUUGGGGCUAGCCUUCGAGCGAGGGCAACGUCAAGUCUGUAG